AUGGACUGUAGAAAACGAGCCUUCGAGGCCGUGAAUGCAGUUGCGCGUGGCGUUGACAAAGGCGAGCUGCUGUCUUUUCUGCGCAAGUUGCCAAAUGAGGAACUCGCUACGUGGCCUAUCGAGGGCCAAGACAAUGAGACCAUCUAUGGAUUCGUCCGUGCGGAGGCCCGAGGCUCGCUGCCGGCUGCUGCUGGCAUGAGCACCGUCACGGUGCCAGACGUGGACCGCCCGCGCGACCAGCAGGGCGGGCUGCACCUGGCCUGGGUUGGCAUUCCGCUCAUGGUGCUGGUGCUGGUGGUCGGUAUGGUAGAUGAAAUAAAGCAAUGCACGAAGACAUUUCUUGAACACAACGAUGUCACCCUGGCGACAUCGUUGUGUUCAAGAUCGGCGGUUGCUUGUAACGCCGCCCUGACGGAGGCGGAGGCCAGCGGUGCCCGUAUGGAUGGGGCGACGGCGGCGGCGGCGGCCGUGUCCCGGCAGCGGUUGACGGCGCAGGCCGUCAUCAUGCCGUCGAUGCCCAUCUUCCCCAUCUCCCACAACUUGACGGCGCUGGCGCCAGCUCCUUUCAGCAUGUGGUCGGGUGCGGCCGUCUCCACCCUCUCCGCCUUCUCACAAACCGGUGGCGCCGAAACCUUGGAAGUAAACAGCGGCGCUCCCGUCGGCCGUACGGCAGAUAGGCGCAUGGGACGAGCUGCUGCUGCGGCGGCUGCUGGUGCGGAGGCUGCGUUACCCAGACCCGAGUUCACGUUCGGCGAACCUAGGUCCUUGUGUUCCCGGAGGCGCUCGUCCAUGGCCGUUGUGGUUGCUGCCGGGGCUGGGUCAGACACCGACAACGCAACAGCAACGGCGCCACCAGCCGUACAUUUGCAGUACGAUAACUUCCCCGGCGUGUGA